AAAAAAUUACCGAACAGUUUCACGAUUUACACAUGUUACACUGAACCCAAAUUCAAUCUUAAAAUACACAUGAUUUUUCACUAAAAAACAAGGAUCCAGUGAUUUUCUUCCAUUCAAGUGCGACAUAUACAUUUCACUUAGCAGUCACUUUAAUUUCAAGUGAAUUCAUCCACAUUCACUUCAGUCGUCACUUAAAUUUGAAGUGAGAAAAAAUAUUCACUUCCCCAUCACUUGAAUUUCAAGUGAAUGUCGGGUUGUAAUUAUGUUUAUUUUCAGGAGUUCAAAAUGGCAAAUUCUAAAGAGCAGCGUUUAAAGCUUAUGCUGGAUUUGGAUUUUCCCAAUUCUUUACUCGGCGAUUUUGACGCUUGUGGGUUGAACUGGACAGAUUUUCUGGUUUGCAGCAGGGAAGAUUUAGAAGUCGCACUAUCCGCAGUUACCGAUCGGCCUUGGGAUUAAGAUGGAAUUUUCCAAUCAAUAAAUUUAUGGCGAAAGCGUAAUGUAAGUAUUUGAAAUCGAAGUGGUGUUCUAUAAAAGUUCUUUUAUUUAAAAACGCAAGAGAUAAUUAACUAGAAACUUACUUAGAAAUUCAGAUAAAUUUCACUCGAAUGUCAUAGUGUAAUUCACUGGACCGGUCACUUAAGUGAAUUCACUUGACCCAUCACUUAAAAUUCAAAUGAAAUUACGUAUGGCGAGAAUUUACUACAGAUGUCACUUAUUUUUUAAGUGAAAAUUAUCUUGCGUGUAGGAUUUCGGUAAAAAAAAUUACCGAACUCGGUAAUUUCCGUUUACUGUGUAUAUUCAACCUGAUUGACCCGCUUGUUGGCCGACAUGGAUGAGAAUGGAGACGUUACAAUCAACGAGGACAACCAGAGUUGUCUCAAUAUGCUGGAUACCGAAAAGAUCAGCAAUCGCACAUCGCCACAAAAUAUCAUCGAGAGCUCAAGCAGAAGAUGGAUCUACUGAUCAGUGGUUUUUCUUUCAUUCGCAAAUACAACUUCAAACUUCCAAGACAUAUUUUCUUCAACUCUGUCGAAACCCCAUUCUUCGAGAGCUCUCAACAUAUGUAAACUGUAGCAAUUGCUAGCACACAACUGAUUCUUUUAAAAUCUAGGUUUUAAUGAGGACAUACUUCCGGUGCGGAAUCCCGGAUGGUCCAUGUCAGGGUUCAUCCCGGAUUAAUUAACCACUAGAUAUUAGAUUUUAUUUUAUUUACAUAGUAUUCCGUCUCACGACACAACUUGACGAACAUAAUUCCUAAAAUUCACUCGGUUCAUAGCAACCGUUCUCCAAUUUCUCGGGCACCCCACGUUCGCCAGAUCACGCUCCACUUGGUCUAACCACCUCGCUCGUUGCGCCCCCGCUCGUCUUGUUCCUACCGGGUUCGUAGCGAACACCUGUUUUGCAGGACAGUCGUCCGGCAUUCUCGCAACAUGUCCCGCCCUGCGUAUCCGGCCAGCUUUCACCACCUUCUGGAUACUGGGUUCAGGGGUGCCAGGUGGUUUCAUAAAAAAUCAGGACAACGCGAGGUUAAAAAUCAGGAUUUUUCAGGACACCUCUUGAUUUAUGAAAAUAAUAAGGAUUUCAGUAUAGAUUGCAUAAUUGCAGGUGAUGUAUACACCUCGAUUUAUACAACUACAGCACGCAGCUUGUUGGCUGGCCGACUGUUCAUAUCGAAAACACCAUAUAUCAUCUGAACCGAAGAUUACCAUCUGUUAAAUGGUUUUAACUAUUUUAUGACCCACUUAUUCGAUUUUCUCAUAGUUUAACUUCAAAUUCGAUCAUAUGAAAGAACUUUUUAUGAAAAUCAGGACAAAUCAGGACAUUUUAGGGGCUAAUUUUCACAAAUCAGGACAAGUCGAGAGUUUUUGAAAAAUCAGGACGGGCCCUCGAAAAUCAGGACAAAUCCUGAUAAAUCAGGACACCUGGCACCUCUGACUGGGUUCGCCAUAGAGUCGCGCCAGCUCGUGGUUCAUCCUUCGCCUCCACACUCCGUUCUCCUGUACGCCGCCAAAGAUGGUUCUUAACACUCGUCGCUCGAAUACUCCGAGUGUACGCAGGUCUUCCUCGAGCAAUAUCCAUGUCUCGCGCCCGUAGAGAACAACCGGUCUAAUGAGCGUCAUAUACAGGUUACACUUCGUGCGAGGGCUAAGUCUUCUCGACCGCAGUUGCUUGUGGAGUCCAUAAUUCGCCUCCAGAUCUCACGGCUGGUGUCAUUGUCUGCGGUCACCAGUGAGCCGAGAUAGACAAAGUCUUCGACUAUCUCCAGAUAUUAGAGAGCUCCGUUAUUCAAGAAUUGCUAUCGAUGAUUUUACCAACUUAUGUCUCUUAUGUAUAUGGCUCUCGUGGUAGAAAUUAAAGAGGGCAUAUACUAGGAUGCCACAUCCGGUAGUCUGGAAAGCCAUAUCCGGUCAAAGGACUCAACCUGCUAAUAUCCGAUUAUCAUCCACGCUUAUUGUAAAAGGCCGGUAGUUCUCCUCAUUCGCAUAAGACUACAACAGCAACACUAGAGAUUCUUCAAGAAACCUUUGGGAUGUGUGGAAAACCACAGAACCUGGUGUCAGACAACGGUUCCCAGCUGACCAAGGUUUCGUAUCACUCGUUGUCAAACGGAUAGGCUCUACAGUUUAGGAAUACAUUGAAAAAAAGUCUUAAAAGCUCACCAAGGGGAAUUGCAUGGCUUCUUUCAGCACCUGUAGGUUUUGUUGUCUGCGUAACGCUCAACAUCGAAUCGAAACGCUUCUGCACGAAAUACUCUUGAGUCUGCGAUGGAUUCAAAGCGCAACUAAAAUGAAUACGAGGGUCGCAGGUUUUUGAAACGAUCGUGGUGCGCAAAGGUCGGAUUAAUUACGAAGUUUUGAUGGAUUCUGGAUGUCCGAAUGUUUACCAGAUGACUGAAGAUUCUCAGUCUCUUAACUUCUAGUCUGGAGCCGUAAGCUUCCUCAUCGGAUAACGCACAAGAAUCUUUAACAAAGAGGUAAUCACGGAAUAUCACGCCUAUGACAGUGUUUAGAGCUUAUCCAAUUCCAACAGAGGCUGGUGUAAACCACCGAUGCCCCUUAUCACCGGUAGUGAUUGCCAUCUGCAAUGGAUGAAAAAAAGGCAUUCACACGUAUUGAACCAUCAAGCUAUGGAGGACAGCCAGGAUAGCCUGAUGUAACCGGUUGGUUGGUAUCAGUUGAGAUAAGCACUCAUACAGAAUAAUCGCACAGCUUUCCUCGGUAACGGCCGAUUUGGACAAAAACGUUACGGGCAAUCAAUCCAAUGUAAUCUAUCGCUUUAUGUUGCGUGGGAGAUAUGGAAGCUCCAUUGAAUUUUGAAAAUGGGUUAGAUUAGCUGUCUUUCGGGAUGAAUGAUAUAAAAAGACUUGUUAUGGGCCUCGCGGGCUGAGUUUAAAAUUGGGGACCGGGAUUAGUGAGAUAUGCGAGGUUGAGUUGUGCCUACAGAUUUGAAGAGCAACGAACAGUCAUGAAAACUUUCAUCGUGUUAACCAUAGCCUUGGUGUCCCUGGCUGUGGCCGGUAAAAUUGAGUUGUCCAAAGAUUUCACUGCAAGUCAAAAGCAGCAGAUAGACGUUUUCCUGGGAAACCAGGCGAUAUCUAAACCUGAAAAUUUUCCCACAAAAUUGAAUGAACAUAUCGUUGAGCGUGAGUUUACCACACGUGUUGACCAUUUCAAUCUGCAAAGGACGGACACAUGGACGGCUCGUUAUCUGGUCAAUCCCGAGCAUUACCUUCCCGGAGGUCCGAUCCUGAUUCUGUUGGGAGGAAACGGAGACAUCGAUCCAUUCUACUUGGGCGAGGGAAAUCUGAUCUACGAUAUUGCCGAAGCUUUGAAUGGUGUUGUGAUUGCGUACGAGUCUCGAUUCUAUGGAGACAGCCAUGUUGGGUUGGAAGACACUAGCCUGGAAAACCUGAGACUCCUGAAUCUGGACCAAAUGCUGGCAGAUUUGGCUGAGUUCGUGCAGCACGUUAAAGAGCACGAGGUUGACUACGAAAAUACCAAUGUGCUGGUGGCUGGUUCUGGAUUGGGUGGAGCACUCGCUACCUGGUUCCGGGUUCGGUAUCCCCACUUGGCUCAGGGUCUGUGGUCAUCGAGUGGAUUUCACCGGGCGUCCAUCGAUUAUUACGAAUUCGCCGAGGCUUGGUCGCAAACUUUGAUCGACUUCGGUAGCCAGCAGUGUUACAACGAUAUCUUCGUGGCGUUCCACGUGAUGGAGAAUUUGUUCGAUGCCGGUUACACUGAGGUCAUCAACGAUCGCUUUAAUCUGUGCACUCCGAUCGAAGAAGGUAACGAGCUGCAGCUGCAAUUCUUCCUGAGCCAGCUGAUGGGUUAUGUGGAGGGCGGUACCCUGCUUGCCCAGAAUGUCUCAUCAUUCGAUCAAGUGUGCGCAGAAAUCACCGGAGCCGACGUUCCCACCUCCUUGGACGCGUUCGCCAGAUGGUUCAACGAAAACUUCUUCGCCGAGGGUUGUGCCUUAAGUUCGCUCGAAGAUUUCGCUCAGCUGUUCAGUGGCACCGCCUGGGAUCAUCCAGCCGUUCGGUUCGGCAACCGUCAAGUGUUCUACCAACGCUGCACCGAGGUCGGCUGGUUCCGUACCGCGAAUUCGCAGGACCAACCCUUCGGCAAUCGGAUCAGUGUGGAUAUGUACGCAGAAACUUGCCGGCGAGUGUUUGGCGAUUGGUUCACAGUGGAAUCGCUGAAUCGUAAUGCCGAGCGUACCAAUACCAGGUUCGGAGGGGACUCACCGGUGAUUUCGAAUGCUCAUUUCGUUAAUGGGGCGGAACAUCCCUGGCGCACGGUCAGUAUCGUUGAUCCUCGAGGGCCGGAUACGUCGGCGCAGAUGAUCCCGAGGGAGCUGUUGAGUGCGGAUUUGUGGUCUAUUUCGGAGCAGGAUUCCGAUGAGCUGCGAGAGGCGAAGUUGCUGGUGAAAGAAAAAGUGACGGAGUUUAUGUAUCCACGGACGCCACGUGUUUAAGGUCAUAAC